UUGCAAUCAACGUUACUUCUCUCUCUCUCUCUGCUGAGUAACUCAGUUUUGGUUCAUAAAAUUCAUUUAUGGUUGCGUGAAAGAGAAGUUUGGAAUAAUAGUAUUUGUGUUCUCUAAUUAUUGCAAACUCAUAUCACUUCACUUCUUAGUCAGCACCAACAUACAUUUUUCUCGAAAUGGGGAAGAAAUCAGAACUCAAAGACAAUAACAAAGUCGAAGAAGUUCUAAAACUCAUCACAAAACAAACCCCUCUCACUCUCAAACAGGAAAAGUUCUGUAACUAUGCUUCUGUCAAACGGUUUCUCAAUGUGAAAGGGGAUAAUGUCAAAAAAGCUGCUAAGCAACUUAGAGCUUGUCUUUCAUGGAGAGAAACUAUUGUUACUGAUCAAUUGAUAGCAGAUGAUUUCUCAGCUGAAUUGGCUGAAGGUUUGGCUUAUGUGGCUGGUCAUGACGAUGAAUCAAGACCUGUUUUGAUUUUCCGCAUGAAGCAAGACUACCAGAAGUUGCAUUCUCAGAAACUGUUCAUUCGUUUACUGGCUUUCACAAUGGAAGUGGCAAUUUCGAGCAUGCCAAAAAACGUAGAACAAUUUAUCAUGCUUUUCGAUGCAAGCUAUUACAGGUCAGCAUCUGGUUUUAUGAACUUAUUGUUGGCAGCACUGAAAAUUGUAGCUGAGUACUAUCCAGAUCGGCUAUACAAAGCUUUUAUCAUAGACCCUCCAUCCCUUUUUGCUUAUUUGUGGAAGGGUGUUCGGCCAUUCGUGGAGCUAUCAACGUGUACAACGGUGAUAUCAUCAUUGGAUUUCGAAGAAUCAAUGGACUACAACGACUUCUCAGCAUACCCUCGAGCGUCGUCCCUCAGAUUCGAUCCAUCAACAAUAAAAUCAACGGCAAAGAUCGGUUCAUGCUCAUCUUCACGUUUCUCCUUCACAGUAUCCCAUCAACUGGACUCACUAAAGCCUUGGUACCUGAGCCUAGGCGACACAUCAGCAUCAAAAGUGGGACCCACAAGUCCCUCCCCAGCAUCACUAAUCUCACCACUCAACGCUCGUUCGCUCUCUUUCGCAUCCCCAGUAGCACGCACUCAGCGGGGCCCACCAGCCAGCAGGAAAGGCCUCUUCCCGUCAACACCGCUGCCGCAGCGCGUCACGGUUCCUCACCGGACAACUACUUUCCUACAGUCUCCGGCAACGUUUUUCCGGCGGGAUAGCGGGAAGGUGGAAAGGGGAAGAGAGUCGUUUUUGCCGUAUGUGAAAUUCUACAGAAGGCCGUACGAUGAAAUGGUUUACAGGUCAAAGAUGAGGCCCCCACUCGGUGGCUUAGUCUCCAUUGUUUCUCCUCACCUCAGACGUCGUCACACUCACCUUUCCGUUUCUCAGCGUUUCUAAUAGUAACAAUUAUAUUAUAAUAACCUCAAUUACCCUCUUCAAAAUCAAAACAUUAUUAUUAUUAUUAUUAUUCCCUUCUUGUUUUCUUCUUCAUUGGUACAUAUAUUAUUAUUACUUUGAAUGUAUUAACUAGCUAGAUGAUAUUAAUUGGUUCAAUUGUUUUAUUAUCAAGCUCAAUUGCAAUUUCCAA